AUGAGGUUACACCUAAGCACAAUACCGAUUCCUGCAUAUUUAUUAGGUUUGUGGAUUGUCGGCACUCUAGGCAGAACUUCCAAUGUAGAACAAGGGUCUGGAAGACAUAUUAGCUUACCAUAUAAGCAGGACCAAAUUGUUUCUAUACCGUCAUUAUAUCCUUACCAAUCAAGCCACUGCCAUUGUCCUCCGGGACCACCAGGUCCACCUGGACCGCCAGGACCACCCGGUUAUCCCGGUCAUAAAGGGAAUAAUGGUAAAGCGGGAAUACCCGGACAUCCUGGUAAGAAAGGACACCCAGGCCCAAAAGGCGACAAGGGAGAUCCUGGACCAAGAGGACACAAAGGACGGGAUGGGUAUUUUGGUCUUCCAGGGAGUUUUGGUCCAAUUGGCCCUCCCGGUCUAUCUAGCUAUAGCCAUCAUCCCUAUCCUCAUCAUUAUGAUCACGGUGCUCCAGCUCCAAUUAUAAUACCCGUACCUAGUCCACCGGCAUAUCCUUACCCACCACCAUUUAACCGUUGGCCAGACUGGAAUGCAACCAAUUAUCCUAAUAUCGACAUAAAUAAUAAUAAUAGAAAUAAUGUAACAAAUGAUGUGGACAUUAGGAUUUACCGACAGACCCCCAGUACACGUGGCUUUAAUGAUGUGAUACAACUAAAUGAAGAAGAUUCAGAAGAUAUGAAGGAAGACCCUAAUGACCGUAGAAAAUAUGCAGAUAUACCGAACGCAAAAACCCGCAACCAAUAUAAGUAUCGAUGA